AUGGAGGCCUCAAAGAGAGUGCUUUUUGGAGUUCAUUGGGUGGAUGAGUUGGGUGACAUCCGUGUUACUAGUAGCGUCCCCGUACUCUCGGGUUAUCAUGACCGACAGCGCGCAGUUCAAACCCCCGGAGGCACCGGGGGUUCUUAUUUAUGGCCGCUUCUGGGAGGAGAUAGCUGGCUCUCUUACCUAGGAAUUACCAACCAGAUGGGGGACUUUGUAGGACAGAAGAUAUCCUUGUGCUAUGGCCGUGUUGUAACAGCCGCUGUGCCACGGGGCUGGUCGGCCCACGCUGCUAAAAUGCAGGCGCAACAGCCUCUCUGGUCUCGGAUUCGAUAUAAGCUACGAGAACCGUUCGCUGAAUUCGUUGGUGUCUUUAUUCUUGUUCUUUUCGGAGAUGGCUCUGUGGCUCAGGUCAUUCUAAGUGAUAGAAAGAAAGGAGAUUACCAGUCGAUCAAUUGGGGUUGGGGUCUUGGUGUGAUGCUCGGGGUCUACUGCUCAGGUAUAUCAGGGGCCCACCUAAACCCGGCCGUUACUCUCGCCAACUGCAUAUUUCGCAAAUUCCCAUGGAGGAAAUUCCCCGUGUAUGUGAUCGCUCAGAUGUUGGGUGGAUUCCUUGCCGCUGGGAUCGUCUAUGGGAACUAUAGAUCCGCUAUUGAUGUUUCGAAGGAGGCGUUGGUAUCCGUACUGUGGGCCUCGAAACGUCCACCGCGGGCAUCUUCUGUUCCAAUUGUUGCACCAUUCGUUGGAUGCACGCUAGGCGGGUUCCUCUAUGACGUUCUACUGUAUACAGGGGAAAGUCCCAUCAACACCCCCUGGAUGGGGUUCGAUCGUCUGCUGCGACCAACACCCGAGCAUCUUUCAUCGUCUAUCACAUACGACCAUAGGGAGUGGAAAGCAGGGCUUCCCGUCCGCUCAGCCAUACUUAAGCCGCUCGCCGGCCGGUUAGUAGUUGGGUGGGUGACCACCAACGAAUCCCGGUUGUUGGGGUUCAUGGGAAUUGUCCCUGCAUGGUUCCAGUAUUUGCCGCUGCCUCUGCGCCCGAAAUGGGUGCUGGUAAUUAAUGAAUACCGGAGGCAGUAUUGGGAGGAGUUGGCAGAGGGUGGGGAUGAGGGGGAUGGUGGAAGAGAGAGGAGGAAGUGA